UUGACAAAAAACUUUAGAAAAUGGCGGAGCUUCGAAGUCGUAGCGUCCUAUAGCUUUUUUCCAAAUAAAUGUAAGAUUUUUAUGUGUAAAUGAUAGAAAAGUGACGAUAAACAAUAUGGAGACUUCAGUGAAUAACGGCAUGUGCCGGUGUUGUGCUUCGGAGGGUGCGUUCAAAGACGUUAAAAGCACAUAUCAUUGGAUGGGCGAAGAAGAGAUAUAUUCCGACAUGUUGAGAGAUUGUUUCGACAUAAACUUAGAAGUAUCCGAGCAAGGCCAAGAUGGAGGCAUAUGCGAGGUUUGCAUCACGCAGCUGCGGAACGCCAUCAACUUCAAGAAGCAGGUGCUGCACACUGAAGAGCAGUUCAAGAUACAUCUGCAGAACAAGACUAUGUUUAGACCUAAUAUAGUGAAAGUUGAACUGCAAGCCGGGGAAGAUUCCGAUGACCUGGGUUCAGGGGACGACGCAUUCUCAGGCCCUGAAUUCGAAGUGCCAAUAAAAAUGGAGACUGAAGAGACGAAGCCCAAGAAACGAGGAGCCAAAGCCUCGGCCACGACCACCCGCGCCAAGAAGGCCAAAACCGACAACGGCGAGACCUCUAACAAACGAACGGACGACGACGGGCCCAAACGCAGGAAAAGGAAAAAGAAAUCGGACGAAAGCGCCACCCCUGAGCGCGUAGAACACAGGGUCAACCUUACUGCCAUACUGCAAUACUCCAACGCGAGCCCCUUUCGCGACAAAACCAUUCGCGGCUUCUCCUGCCUGUAUUGCGCCAAAGCCUUCCCCGACAUUCACGCCCUCCGCGCACACACGGCUCAGCAAUCAGAAAAAGACAAAAUCAACACCAUUAUAGACUACAAACUUAGUUACAACCCCAUUAAAGUCGAUAUCACCAACCUCCACUGCACUGUUUGUAACUUAGGCAUGAGAGACCUGAACGAUCUCAAGGAUCAUCUAGUAGCCAUUCACAACAAAACUAUUUACAAGCACAUUAAAGACAUUAUACUCCCUUUCAGGUUAGAAGAUGGACACAACUUUACGUGUGUCAUCUGUUCUGUAGUUCACAUAUCUUUUAAGAAUCUCUACCAUCAUAUGAGCAGUCAUUAUAGGAAUUAUUGCUGUAAGAAAUGCGGUGUCGGGUAUAUUACCAUAGCGGCUUUGAGGAAGCACGGAAAGACUCAUGCGCAAGGCAUAUUCCCCUGUGACUAUUGCGAUAAAUCCUACACUUCUCUAACGAAGAAGAGGAAUCACGAAAAGGGUGUCCACACGGGUGGUUGGUUGAGGAACAAAUGUCCUCAUUGUCCGGAAAUUUUCGUCAGCUACUAUGACAGAAGCGAGCAUCUUGUGAAAGUUCACAAUCAAGCUCCUAUACUUUAUCCCUGCAACGCUUGCAAUAAAACCUAUAAGAAGAAGUUUGAGCUGAACAGGCAUAUAAAACAUCACCAUUUACAACAAAGGAGUUUCCUAUGCGAUAAGUGUAAUGCCAAGUUCUUUUCCAAAAGAGGUUUGGCUGACCACCUCUCAAGGCAUACGGGAAGCGAAACAUGCUCUUGUGAUGUCUGCGGCAAAGUGUUCUCAAGAGCCAGAACUCUUAAAGAACAUAUGAAGAUACAUGAAGACGACAAACGGUUCCAAUGCGAGAUUUGUCAUAAGACUUUCAUGCAGAAAUGUAGCCUGAAAAGUCAUGUGCGUCUUCACCAGGACGACUUGGAUAUUUUCAAGGAGUUUGAUGAUGUAAAGCAUCUCAUAGAUAAUAGGGAACUCACUUUGAAGCAGAUAGCGGCAGAGAGUAAGAUUAAAGCGCAAGCAGAGAAGGCAAAAGAGGAGAAAGAGUUUGAAUAGAGAUAAAAUUAGUGGUUAUAGGACAUUCCGAGGACCUUUUCUUAGUAAUAAAGACAGUUUUUUUUCCGUUCUUAUGUUAACUAUUAGUUAAAAGUCAAAGUGAAUUUGAUUAUACAACAUUGUAUAAAUAUGUUUUUUUCACUGAAUUCUAAUGCUGGAUCAAGUAUGUUUGAGCGUUAGCCAAUAAAAUAUUUUCGCGCCUUUAUAUAUCUGUCAAUGUCAAUUUCAAAAUGGCGACCACUUUUUCACAAACCGAAUUAAAUGUUUAAUUGUUCCAUAAAUGUUCAAAUAGUAGACUUCAUGAAAUGCUCUAAAGAGGUUUUAAUAUUUAAACAAAGUAGAUUCAAAUGCCUUUUUUGUGUAGUAAUGUUAAAAAUUGCACACGAAAUGAGUGUACAGACGCCAGCAGGUCAACCUACCCGAAUCUGUCAAAUGUUACCAAUCGAACAUUUACCUUCCACUAUUGUGAUAAGGUUGAACAUCUAUUGAACACAUUUGACAGAUUGAGGUAGGCAGAUGUGCUGUCAAUAUGUAGUUUUGUUUUACCAAGAAACUGCACAAUAUGUUUUUUUUUUCUGAGCGCCUUGACAAACGGUACAUAUAAAAAUUAUGUAUAUAACACGUUUUUUUCGAAAUAUUAUUGAAUAUAGAAUGAUUUUAUUCGAAUGACACAUAGAUGAAAUAAUUUGAGAUGUAUUUGCGAUUCCAAUGAUUUUGAUUUUUAUUAUAUAAAAUAUUGUUUUGUUUUUAGUUUACAAUGAAGUACUAAUAUGAUGAUUAAUUUUACUGUUAUUUCUACAAUUUUAGACAAAUUUCUGUCGUCAUAUUAUCUCGAUAUUUGCUAAAUCAUAAUACUUACCGCACGUGCAUUAAAGGAUGAUUAUUCGGAUAUCAUCAGAAAUUAUUCAGGCAUUCUUGCGGGAAAUAGCAACAAAAAUACAUUCUUAAAAAAAACUGUUUAAAAUACAAAUCACCUUUAUAUGAUUUUUAACCGAUUUCGUAAAAGAGGAGGUUCUCAGUUUUUGGUUUUACAUAAAGGCUUAAAUUCUAAUAUGCAAUUUAUACUGCAAUAUCGAAAAGUAUUUAUUAACAUGCUUCAAAAAAUAUCGAGAUAUGACAAUAGGAGUUAAAUAUGAGCCAAUCUAUCAAUAUGUAUGUAUAUUUUAGAGAAUGCAUUCACGUGUUCUUAUUGAACAACAUUAUGAAUAAGUUCUAAUCAUGUACAUUGUGCAAGGUAUAGAUGUAUUAUAAAUAAACUAAUAUUAUAUUUCAA